AAUUUAUAUGUUUCAUUUCGCCAUUUAUUUCGAUCCAGUCGUGUUGAUCUUCAGGAUCGCAGAAGGAAAAAGGAACUGUGAAAAUUAAAUAAUUGAGAUGAGUUCAUCAGAGGAAGUCUCAUGGAUUUCUUGGUUUUGUGGUCUUCGGGGUAAUGAAUUCUUUUGUGAAGUUGAUGAAGAUUACAUUCAAGAUAAAUUUAAUUUGACAGGACUUAGCGAGCAAGUUCCGCAUUACAGACAAGCUCUAGAUAUGAUUUUAGAUUUAGAACCAGAUGAUGAACUUGAAGACAAUCCAAAUCAAAGUGAUCUUAUAGAACAGGCAGCUGAAAUGUUAUAUGGUCUCAUUCAUGCUCGAUACAUUCUUACAAAUCGUGGAAUUGCCCAAAUGCUUGAAAAAUAUCAAAACGGUGAUUUUGGAUAUUGUCCUAGAGUCUAUUGCGAAAAUCAGCCAAUGUUACCUAUUGGAUUAUCGGAUGUACCUGGUGAAGCUAUGGUUAAAUUAUAUUGUCCUAAAUGUUUGGAUGUUUAUAAUCCCAAAUCUUCUCGUCACCAUCAUACGGACGGUGCUUACUUUGGUACAGGUUUUCCUCACAUGCUUUUCAUGGUUCAUCCAGAUUACAGACCAAAACGACCAUCAAAUCAAUUUGUUCCGAGAUUAUAUGGCUUCAAGAUACAUCCUUUGGCUUAUCAACUUCAACAACAAGCUGGUGUAAAUUUUAAAACACCAGUGAGGACAAUGACCUUUAAUAACGGGAAACGUUGACAGUCUGUUCUGGAAUGAUAAAGAUUACACAUUUAAGUUUCAUGUGCAACCCAUGGGUUACAGUCAUCAUUUUAAUUCCCAGGCUUUAUUGUUGAUUUUUCUCAUUUACAUAAAUUCCAAGAUAUAAAAUGUAAAUAGUAAAAUGUCAGAUGCUUAAACGAAAAAGUUAGAAAUAUUUCAGUUUUCAUUAAUGUAACUUUAUUUUAUUUUAUUAUUUUUUUUUUAGCAUUUAUUAAUAUGAAACUUAACAAACUAAUAUAAUUUUAAUUUAUCAUCAGUAUUUAAGCUUGCAAUUCAGGUAAAAUGAGCAUUAUGCACCAAUAGAAAAAUGUACUAAAUGUUACCAAAAGAUAAAAUUAUAUUUGAAAAUUUCUUUUAAAAUGUUAAAUCAUUAUUAUUACUAUUAAUUAAUGUAACUUCAGUAAAUUAAUUUAACAAAAUUACAUUUGAUUUUUGUUUCAAAAGAGUAAAUAUUUAUCAGAAUUUUAACAAAUUUUUGUUUUAUAAUAGGAUUAAUAUUUUAGAUUUUUAUGCAACCAGUAAUUAAAUAAUAGUAAGUAUUCUGUGCAUUUAAUCUAAUAUAUGGUAAAAAAAUGAUUUAGAAAAAAUAUCUUGGAUUUGUAUUUUUCGAAAAAGAAAUUGAAGACAUUACAGCCUUUGUAAUUAAAAGAAAAUUUGAUGACAAAUAGUAAUUAGUUUCUUUCUGAUUUCUAAUUUAAAAAGGAAAAAGUAUUUGUUUAAAAAUCUAAAGAAAUAAUAAGACUGUACUUUGGAAAGGAUUAUUUUAUCUAAUUUAUUUUUGAAAAAAUAUUUUUUCUAAAUUAUUGCCUUUUUACAAAAAACCAGUUGAAAUACAGAAUAUGCAUCAGAUCUAGAAAAUGUAAUCAUGAUAUACAUCAUUUUGUUUAUUGGCAUUAUACAGAAUUUUUAAAAGCAGUUCUAAAUAUAACUGUGUAAAUUGGAAGGUAAA